UUUUAUGCUGUAAAACUUUCUAAAUAAAUCAAAAGGUUUAGUUCAGACAUUUAUCACAUGGCGUGUGGAGUUACUGGGUUCUAAUGCUCCCCACCUAUAGCUGAAUUAAAGAAUGUUAAUUAACGUGCAUCAUCAAAGGCUUCAACAGUUAAAUGAAAAAGCUGUCACCUGUGCGUCGUUGCCGCCACCGCUCGUCUUUCCCACGGUGCCCGGCAGCAUCAAAAGCUUUUUACGCGCACAGGUGGAGCAAACGCAGCAUUAAAUGGCGCGACAUGCAGCACGAGACAGUGGCCCAACUGGCACGUGUGGUCCACUGUGACACCAAAGUGUGAAUGCAAAUCAUUCGGAACCCCCCUUCAACCUAAAGACGGACUGACUAACAAAUGCAAGGUGUCAAGUAUGAGGAGGUGUUGGCACUCGCCAUAAGUGAGCGCACAGUUGGUGUUAAGAGAAAAUGAAUAACAAGAAGAGAAAACAGAAAGACGUGCAGAUAGCAGUCCGUAGGCUUUAAUUUCUAACUUUUACACCAUCAUGAAUGGACGAUGCUAGAAAGUGUGGCCUCAAUAAACCCAAAAACAGAUGGAUAGAAGUGUCGACUCCUUUUGUGAGUUGCACUAAGAUCAUGGUGCAUGGACAGUUCAUGCGCUCUCAAAGGCGCAGCGGCACAUGCAAGUGGCUCCGUUAUCCACAUAUUAUCUUGAAAAACUGCAAAUUCUAUUGAAAUACAACGUGAGGUGAGAAACAUGUAACCAGCAUAGCAGGAAGAUCCCCUUUCCAAUAGACUAUUUGAUAAGAGUAUAGCUUACUGUUUCUGUUUCAGUUUUACACGUUAUAUUACGACUUCUGCUGUGUUGUUUUCGUCGUGCAAAAGAAAUAUCCAGUCUCCAGGGCAGAACAUCUCAAGGGCAGCAGUCAAGGAUUAUUCUACGGUUUAUUCACAGUUCAUUCCAUUUAUCAGGCACACCGACUUACACGUUUUUCCAAAUUACGCACCAAAUUAAAAGAAAGCAAUUCCGAGGUUUAAUGUGCUAUAUGAUAAAGGUGCAUUUCACAUCCUAUAAAUUCCAGGGAUUUUACGCAUAGCUUUUACGCACAGCAGGGUUUCGUGAAACUGAUGUACUGGGAGAUGGUGCCAUCCAGAAAAGGCUAAUUCAAUUAUUUAAUUAAAUUAAAGCUUGUCUGCUUUACUGUUCUGAAAAAGAAAGAAAGAAAGAAACCAUAGGACCCAAAUAUCCUGCAGGAGGAGGAGGGGUUUAUGGUGGACGGGUGGCUGCAUGGGGGCGGAUCCGGUUGUUAAACCUGGUAUUACAGUAGGAGGCGUCUGAAGGCAUUAAAAGAGCGACCCCAAGAGAGAAGCUCAUCUUUCCAAACAUGGCUACCAUGAAGCUGUUAAAGGAAACAGAGGAUGCCACAACUGACAGAAAGUUGAUAAAAUCUCAGGCGGAGAAGCGUAGAAGGGAGAGAAUGAAUCGCAGUCUGGAUCGUCUGAGGACCAUGUUGCUGCAGGAGCCCCAGCAGGGUGGGGCUCAGCACAGAGUGGAGAAAGCUGAGAUCCUGGAGCACACAGUCCUCUUCCUCCAGAAUACUGCCAAAGAAAGCAAGACCAGAGCAGGAGGAGGAGGUGGUGGAGGCCAGAAACACUCCUUCCAAGAGGGUUUCUCCACCUGCCUGCAGAGAGCUGCUCAGUUCCUUGGGCCUGAGGGAAAAGGCUUGUGGCUUGGAUCUGUCCUGGAUACAUCUUUUGCUGCUCGCUUUGCACGUUCAGACUCUGAUUGUGCAGCCGUCCAGAGAAGAACCUCCACCUCUCUGCCGCGAUCGAAGUCCAUUCUUCGGCUGCUGAAGCAGAGGUCCAAGCACAAAUUGCACGCACAAGCCGUCGCUGGGAGCAGUUGUGCUCAUCCCUACCGACUCUGGGGAAGUUUUGCUGCAGCACAGCAAAGCUUCCCCAGAGUUCCCCAGCAGCCUCAGACACAAAGUCAGCUCGAGAUCAGAGUGGAGAGACGAGUGAACAAACAGAGCUCGCCCCAGAGCUGCCCGGCCAACCAGACGUUGUGGAGGCCUUGGCCCUGAUCAUCAGGCAGUGAUUUCAGAACUAUUAAUGACUCACAACUCAUCAAUAUUCCCUGGUUCCAUAUAUAUGUUGUUCCUGACAGAAUAUUUGCAUUGUAGUAUUGUGAAAGCUCAUAACCUCGAAGUCUGUAAAUACUGUAAAUAUCUGACUUGUACAUGUCCUGUAUGUGUGAUAGGGUUGACUCACUACUCUUAUUUAAUGAGCUCAGUCAGUGGGGCAGCCGUCUAACCUGCUCACAGGCACAGGGACUCUCCCAGGCAGGAACACACCUGAGCUGGAUCAUCCCAGCUGUCCAGCUGCUGCACUGAAGAGCAAGUGAAGAGGUAAGUUGUGAGGGGCUGAGGGGAUUCUGUCCUCAUUCAUGCACUGAUAAACACCCACUGCUACAUCUGCUGUUAUGAUUCAAGAUACUGAUAUGGAUAAUGAUUGAGUGUCCAUCCGUCACAUUUCCAGGUGUGGGACAGCAAGGGUUUGAGGCUGGGAAAGCCCCAUGAAGCCCCUUACAGUCACCUGUGUGCCUUGAUGAUAGCUGGCACAUUUAACAUCUGUGUACCAUAUCAUUUGUAUCCUCUCUAGAUAUAUAUCUUGUCUAUUUUGCACACUAAUUUAUUCUGGAUGUCUCCCUAUGGUGAGCAGUAAUUUUUUUUUGUAUGAAAAAAAUAAAAACCUUUUUCAAAAUGCAAAUAAAAAAAGCUAUGUCAAGUGAUUCUUUUAAACUGAGAUACAACCUGCAGGCCUUUUGUUUGACAGCUCCUUUUAGUCCGAGUCAGAGGUGUGAAGCUCGGCCUCCUCCAGAGCUAUCCUCCAGGUGUGAAGUUGUGGUCAUGAAAGGAAAGAGCUCAUUAUUGUCACUUCAAAGACAUCAAAGAUGGUCAGUGUCACAUAUUGUUUGCUGAGACUGAAAGGCUUUUUGAUUCAACCAGGAAAAGGGAUAAUAUAGCUAAGAUGAGCCAAGAAAAGUGGAA